AUUUGGCUCGGCGGCGCUCUGCGCCUGCGCCCAGCCUCUGGCAUGCUGGCUCCUCGCAAGCAGCUGUUUUGGGUUUGAAAUUCCAACAUGGCAGAGGCUGCAGUCCGUCUUCCCUUCAAAAACUUGGAAUGAUUUCAAAUCAUCGGCACCUUCACUUAACCCUCGCUCCCAUUCAUCAGCAAACACAGCGGAUCGAUGCGACGCUAACCUAUCGGCUUUUCGCUCCGCGCGUGCAGGCUUGAAGAUGCAGUGGACGCCGGAGCAUGCCCAGUGGCCAGAACAGCACUUUGACAUCACCUCGACCACUCGGUCUCCUGCCCACAAAGUCGAAGCCUACAGAGGUCACCUGCAGCGCACCUAUCAGUACGCCUGGGCGAACGACGACAUCUCUGCUCUGACUGCAUCCAACCUGCUAAAGAAAUAUGCAGAGAAGUAUUCUGGCAUUUUGGAGAGCCCUGUGGACCGACCUGUGCUCAGCAACUACUCAGACACCCCGUCAGGACUCGUGAAUGGCCGGAAAAAUGAAAACGAGCCCUGGCAGCCGUCCUUGAAUUCAGAAGCCGUUUAUCCCAUGAACUGUGUCCCGGAUGUCAUCACUGCCAGCAAAGCUGGAGUCAGUUCAGCCCUCCCUCCAGCAGAUGUCUCUGCAAGUAUAGGGAGCUCUCCUGGGGUGGCCAGCAACCUGACAGAACCCAGUUACUCCAGUAGUACCUGUGGAAGCCACACUGUACCUAGUCUUCAUGCAGGGCUCCCAUCUCAGGAAUAUGCCCCGGGAUACAACGGAUCUUAUCUGCAUUCUACGUACAGUGGCCAACCAGCACCCGCACUUCCCUCGCCUCAUCCAUCUCCUUUGCAUAGUUCUGGGCUCCUGCAGCCACCACCACCCCCUCCUCCGCCACCAGCCCUGGUCCCAGGCUACAAUGGGACUUCUAACCUCUCCAGUUAUAGCUAUCCCUCUGCGAGCUAUCCCCCUCAGACUGCGGUGGGCUCUGGUUAUAGCCCUGGGGGGGCACCCCCUCCUCCUUCAGCGUACCUGCCUUCAGGAAUUCCUGCUCCCACCCCUCUGCCCCCUACCACUGUUCCUGGCUACACCUACCAGGGUCACGGUCUGACACCUAUCGCACCCUCGGCCCUGACAAACAGUUCGGCGAGUUCUCUCAAAAGAAAAGCUUUCUAUAUGGCAGGGCAGGGCGAUAUGGACUCCAGUUAUGGAAAUUACAGCUAUGGCCAACAGAGAUCGACGCAGAGUCCUAUGUACAGAAUGCCCGACAACAGCAUUUCAAACUCAAAUCGGGGGAAUGGCUUUGACAGAAGUGCUGAAGCAUCAUCCUUGGCAUUUAAGCCAACGAAGCAGCUCAUGUCCUCCGAACAGCAGAGGAAAUUCAGCAGCCAGUCCAGCAGGGCCCUGACCCCGCCUUCCUACAGUACUGCUAAAAACUCCCUGGGCUCGAGAUCCAGCGAACCCUUUGGGAAGUACACGUCGCCAGUUAUGAGUGAGCAUGGGGACGAGCACAGGCAGCUCCUCUCGCACCCCAUGCCAGGCCCUGGGCUCCGUGCAGCUACCUCAUCCAACCACUCUGUGGACGAGCAACUGAAGAAUACUGACACGCACCUCAUUGACCUGGUCACCAACGAGAUCAUCACCCAAGGGCCACCAGUGGACUGGGGUGACAUUGCUGGUCUGGACCUGGUCAAGGCCGUCAUUAAAGAGGAGGUUUUAUGGCCAGUGCUGAGGUCCGAUGCCUUCAGUGGACUGACGGCCUUACCUCGGAGCAUCCUUUUAUUCGGACCUCGAGGAACAGGCAAAACAUUAUUGGGCAGAUGCAUCGCUAGUCAGCUGGGGGCCACGUUCUUCAAAAUCGCCGGUUCUGGACUCGUGGCCAAGUGGCUAGGAGAAGCGGAGAAAAUUAUCCAUGCCUCUUUCCUUGUGGCCAGGUGCCGCCAGCCCUCCGUGAUCUUUGUCAGUGACAUUGACCUGCUUCUCUCCUCUCAAGUGAGUGAGGAGCACAGUCCAGUCAGUCGGAUGAGAACCGAAUUUCUGAUGCAGCUGGACACUGUACUAACUUCGGCCGAGGACCAAAUCGUAGUAAUUUGUGCCACCAGUAAACCCGAGGAAAUAGAUGAAUCUCUUCGGAGGUACUUCAUGAAACGACUUUUAAUCCCACUUCCUGACAGCACAGCGAGGCACCAGAUAAUAGUACAACUGCUCUCACAGCACAAUUACUGUCUCAACGAAAAGGAGUUUGCACUGCUCGCCCAGCGCACAGAAGGCUUUUCUGGACUCGACGUGGCUCAUUUGUGUCAGGAAGCGGCGGUGGGCCCCCUCCACGCCAUGCCGGCCACAGACCUUUCAGCCAUCAUGCCCAGCCAGUUGAGGCCCGUUACAUAUCAAGACUUUGAAAAUGCUUUCUGCAAGAUCCAGCCUAGCAUAUCUCAAAAAGAGCUUGAUAUGUAUGUUGAAUGGAACAAAAUGUUUGGUUGCAGUCAGUGAUAACGUCUUUUAAAAAGUGUAACGAAUGUUGGCACACACACAUCAAACCUGCUACAUAGGGUAUAGAGCCCCUUUCCAGUAGUGUUUAAAUUGCAGAGGGUACUGGGGAAGAUGAUGAUUAAGUGGCAUCUUUAGAGUCAGGGUAGAUUUGGAGGGGAAAAAAUGCAUCGAACGAGAGCAUCCGAUUUGCAAGCCCCAGAUGACAGAGAGCAUCUGUGGAUGCUCAGUUCGGCUCACGCUAGACAACACUCACCAAGGAGCAAGGUGCAAGUGUGUUGACUUCGGAAGGACAUGAACCUCGUGUGUUGAUUCCAUUCUGCUGUUCUCGAGAUUUAGUUGCUGUCAAGUGCCUGGAGUGGUGCUUUAUUUUUUUGUUUGCCUCACAAUUACAUUGGUGGCAUGUGCUAAUAUAAAGAGCUUUAACUUCAAACAUUAGUGGACUAAAGAGAUGAACGCUUGUGUUAUGACAGAAAACCAGAUUUUUGCCAUUUUAAGAGCAACAGUAUUCCUCAAUCCUGUCUGUUCUGCGGUAUUAAGCUAAGAACAGGUAAAACAGGGUAACGGUAAUCUGGACCUUAAUUUCUGCAGUUCAUUUCUUUUAAUGUUCUUGUCUGCAAAAACUCAGGAAAGCGAUUGUGAUUUGUACAGUACCUCAAAGGAAUGUGUUGAAAGCACUAUGUACUGCUGAGAGUAAUGGAUAGGCUUCAAUGUUACUUUAUAUUAAAAUGUAUGUUUACCUCAACGAUUGGAAAAGAGCAAGGAAAAUUACUUUGAAUGUAUCCAGAAAAAUAGUGAAGUGUGAUACAACUGAAUAUUUACAAUUUAAAGUAGAAAUGGAAGGAUUUUUUUUUUUAAAAAAAGCUUCUUUUACUAAUUAUGGGGAAUUAACCAGAGCAGAGUCAUUCUUUAUGUCAGUCACUGCAAGAGUUCUUCGUACAUUGCUCCUUGAUAAUGAAGUGAAAAUGUUCUUAAAAGUUACACUGGUUAAUGGAAAGCUCCUUACUCCGUUUGUGUUAGCGUCUAGGACAGUCAGCCACGAAACCUGUGUAGGACCCUGAAAGUCACAGCACCUAAAGACUAGGACUGCAUUUUACUGCAUAGGUGGGAGUGGUGGUGGUUUGCAAGUUCUCUCUUAAAACUGCUGGGAACGGUGUCAUUCUAUUCACUAAUCUAGCUUGUAGGCUUGCCGUGCUGUUUAACAGAAUGCAAAGAUAGCAACCAAAUCAAGCAAAUAACUAACUGAAUAACUACAAAACACAACCGACCAACUUACAUAUAUAUAUAUAUAUCCACAAAGAGCGUCUACAUCCCCUCUCCUUCUUCUUGACUCCUCUCUUGUCAGUGCGAUUUUGCUUCUCAUUUUAAACUCUUCUGGGCUGUAGCGUCCCCACAGCGUUCAUUUCUACCUCAGUUUUGUUACAUUUCUCUCGGAAAUUAAAGUAGAAAAUUAGAAGUGGACACAUACACAGGCACACACACAUACACUCUAUAGCUUGCCAAACAUGUUGCUUUGUUUUCUCCCAUCUUUUCCCAUAAAUCUAGUUUCCAAGUACAUCAGUCUUCCUGCUUAUGUCUACCUGAUUCUAGCUCCCACCCCAAUAGCAUAUGUGGCAUUUUUCAUCAUUUCGCAUUCCUCUCCUGCUUCCCACCAAGUUGUUCUUUGUCUUCCUCUGUGCUUUCUGUGCAACUUCUCACUGGUAGCUGACGCCCGGCAAUGCCUCCGAACAGACACAAUGUAGGCUGCAGCUGUCCAAAGCCACUGCCCAUGCAUAAGCAGACAGCCUGGCUUUUUGAAUGUAUUUUUCCUUUUUUUUUUUUUUCUUCUUUCAUUUUUUAGUCAAGAGAUGCAGUAACAAAACUGUUGCAAAGCACUGGCAUUUUAUGUAUUCCAAAAGUGAUGUACAUUUUUUAAAACUUUAAAUAAAUGCAAUGGGAAGCCCCAAGAAAGUUCUUUCUGUUUUUGUUUUUGUUUGCCCUUCAAAUAUUUUUACUGAUUUCAUCCCCAAUGUCAAAUUCUCUGAAACACAGCAUAGAGAAAGCUAAUGAGAACGUCACGAUAUUUCUGAAAUUUUAUGAUGUUUGAUCCAUUACUCCUUGUUUUUAUUAUUCUCAUAUUUCUAAAAGCUGAGCAAAUGAACCAGAAUUUAAUUUACUGUGAUAUUCCAGGAAUUAAAACUGUGCUUAAAUAUAAGUAUUCCACAUUAAAAAGCAGUGCCUUUCAUUAAGGAUAUAAAAUACACCCUCUGCUUUUCACAAGUGAAUAAAUGCUACAAUCGUAUUCUGGCUCUACCCUGCACAGCCCUUAUUGUAAGGAAAUUCUGAUAUCCCCAUUAACUUGUAGGUUCAUAUUGAUCUCACUGACAAGUUUACUUUUGUACAGUACUGGCCUAUUUUCUGUCUUUUAGACACUACAUUUCAUUUCCACCAACAUGCUGUGUUCACUUGAAAGCAACCAGCAAGUUUUGAUAAAUCCAGUCUUACUUAGACAACUUUGGAAAAUCCAAUAUUGAUCCAUAUUUUUUGUGGCUAGUAAGAGUUAAUGCCAAAUAUAUGACUGCAGUGUUAUGUUUUACAUGCAUUUACAAAACUGAAAAUGAAGUCAGACAUACUGGCUUUGAGCUUUAAGUGACUUAAUAAUUACUUUGAGAUAUCAGUGGUCAAAAAUCCAUGUAUUUAGGCAGAAGCUGAAUUCAUGUGUGAAUUUCAUUUAGCCUCCCGAAUUCUAGGAUUUGAGUUUGUAAGAAAUUGGGUAUGCUGAAGAAAUGAAGAUCUUUUGGGGGAGAUAAGGCUGACUUUUGAGUAGAUAGUGCUGUCCUGUGAUUCUUUGAUUCUACAUGACAGCAUUAUGAGCUCUUCUAUGGACUAGCCUAAUAAUGAGCUCUUUUCCGACUAUCCCUUCUGGAGCAUGGUGUAGGGGAUGGGGACCGCAUCCUCAGUAGUGAAUGUGCACAAUCAAUGAUAGUACAACUGAGUAACGGGCUCCAUACUCUUGGCCUCUUUUUGACUGCUAAGAAUUUGGAGAAGGCUCCUAAUGAAGGUAAGGAGUUAAUGAGCCAGUCUAAAUCCCUUCCCUUCUGGCUAAGGGAUUUGAGCCCUUUCACUUAGCCCCUAAUUCUCUUCUUCACAACUGCAAUAACAUUUCCAACUGGGACAAAAAGGAAGUGAAGGAAACCACUUCAGAAGGAUCAAUAGAAAUUCAAGAGGUAGUUCAUAAUAACCUUAUGUGUGACACAAAUGGAAAUACUCUACACUUCUGGCAUGCUUCUCACCAAAAUAUUUAGAACAUUAGUGACAAUAUGGAAAACUGUGCUGACUGAGCUGAUCAAUGGAAUGUGAAGGCAGUAUACUUUAAGGCUAUUUACUUUCACACUGAAUGUUUAUCUAUUAGUCAGUUUGUAUUCUACUCAAAUGCAGAUAGACGGGUAUAAUGUUUCCUUGUGCAUUUGAAACCUAUCAUGGAGAAAAUAAACCAUUCCACUAAAAUACAUAGGCCAAACACCAUCUGGGCGAGUGAUAAAAGUUAUCCAGAGGCUAUGCUAUGUAAAAUAGCAAGGUCAAUCUACAUUGGUUGCAUAGUACUUGGCUAUGCAGUUUUCAAAAACACUACAUCCAAAAGAGUUGAAAUUAAUUCCUACAAGAGGUCUUUGUAAAUUUAAACAUAUUUGUGGGUUGGAAAACAUGUUUUAGAGGCAUUUAUAAUUUCUCUGAAAAUGUGUCUAACUCCAAGCAGGAAGAUAAUGCUAUAAUCCCAUUCUCGUGUUUCUUAACAAGAACUGGGUAUCGUGAUCAGUGAAAAUGUAUUUUGCAAAGUGAAAGGGACACAGUUGGUUGAACUAUUGAGGCCACUAGAGUAAAGUUCUAAUAUAUAUACAUAUAUAUAUAUACAUAUAAAAUCGGUGUGUUUGUGUGUGCGUGUGUGUGUGUGCCGUUUUCACCACCACCUAUUCGAACUUUAAACUAACAUCUAUUUUACAUUAUUCAGAAGGAACUGUUUACUCCCUUUCUUCUUCAUAUGCACAGAGAUAGACAUGGCCACCUUACAAUUUACAGUGUUUUAAUACGUUAUUUUUCUUUUGAAAAGUAAAGCUUUUGGUUGUUGAGUCACCUGCCGGUUUUCAUAUGAAGCACAUUAGCAAACAUGGAGCUAUUAGUGUUUCAGAAUUCAAAAUCAGCUGCACUUGUGACUAACCCACACACGAACCGAAUCUCACACUCUGCUAAGACCUCUGGUUGACAUUCGAUUUUGAACCUGCCAGAUGCAUUUGUGUGAACCAGGGAUACUGCAUCUUUAAUGAACAAGUCUCUCCUCUUUCCCGUGUUUUUAAAUACUAC